GGCAGGUAUUGUUAACCUUUAGCAAGAGAACAUUAUAAAUAGAAAUAAUGGCUUAUAAUCCUGGGAUGGAGUUGGACAUGGGAUGGGUGAAUGGGGCAGUUGUUGACUUGCCUGCUGUGAAUAGAAGAGCUGCUACACUACUGACUAAAAGAACUGUAAAGAAAUCAUGGCAAGCAGCGUGGCUGUUGCGUGCCGUCACUUGCAUUGACUUGACAACUUUGUCGGGUGACGACACAGUCACUAAUGUGCAGAGGUUGUGUUUCAAAGCUUGUAAUCCAAUCAGGCAGGAUCUGCUCGAUGCAAUGGGUAUGGGGGAUUAUGGGAUUACAGUUGGAGCGGUGUGUGUGUAUUCAGCAAGGGUUAAAGACGCUGUGCAAAGCUUGAAGCAGGCAGGAGGUGCAGCCAUUCCUAUUGCUUCAGUUGCCACAGGUUUCCCAGCUGGUCAAGUCCCCUUUGAAACAAGAUUAAAGGAGAUUUCUAUGGCUAUAGGACUUGGGGCGACUGAGAUUGAUAUUGUGAUUUCAAGGGACCUCGCUUUGAGUGGAGAUUGGGGGAAAGUUUAUGAAGAAAUAAAAGCUUGCAAAGCAGCUUGCGGGGAGAAUGUGCAUCUGAAAACAAUUCUUGGUACAGGAGAUCUUGGAACUUUGACAAAUGUUUAUAAAGCAAGUUUAGUUGCCAUGAUGGCUGGGUCAGAUUUUAUCAAAACAUCAACAGGCAAAGAAGGAGUGAACGCAACAAUGCCUGUAGGUUUAACCAUGGUGCGGGCAAUUCGGGAAUAUUUUCAUAAAACUGGAUUCAAAGUUGGGUUUAAACCAGCUGGUGGGAUAAGAACGGCUAAAGAUUCGUGCGCGUGGCUUGCGUUGAUGAAGGAAGAGCUUGGAGACGAAUGGAUGAGAGCGGAUCUCUUCAGGAUUGGAGCGUCAUCUUUGCUGACAGACAUUGAGCGUCAGCUUUAUCACUUUGUCACUGGUCGUUACGCAGCUGCUCAUCAGCUGCCAAUGGCUUGAUGUGAUAAUGGUGGUUUGUGAUGUCAUAAUAGAGAUUUUGAUAGUUAUUAUGAUGUCAUGAUAGUGGUGUAGGGGGUUGUACAGAAUAAGUAUCUGAUCUUAAUUAAAUGGUGCUUUUAAUAUUUUUUGAAAAACCUGAUUAAGUUGUAAGUUCAUCCAC